UGGAGCGCGCGGUACGCAGCCGCCCCUCCGCCACAACAAGCUCUCCGCGCGCCAAACAGGAGGCAGCACGGGCCGUCGGAACAGAGCAGAGGAGAACAGGAGCAACAAGAGGAGGAGAAGAGAGAAGAGAAGAGCGCUUUCCUCCACGAGUCUUCUCCGUGAAGCUCUUCUUUCUGCCGGCGGCGCCCCCCCUGCUGUUGAGGCUGUGGUAUGAGCCUAUGUGGCAGGAAGGCGCUGACGUUGCUGAGCAGCGUGUUCGCUGUAUGCGGCCUGGGCCUGCUGGGGAUCGCCGUCAGCACCGACUACUGGCUUUACCUGGAGGAGGGUGUGAUACUUCCCCUCAACCAGAGCACGGAGAUACGAAUGUCCCUCCACUCUGGCCUAUGGAGAGUCUGCUUCCUCGCUGCGGCGCGACGUUCUGGACAAAUGUUGUCUCGCAAUAAACCAGGGGAUGAGAAAGGUCGAUGUUUCACCAUCGAGUAUGUGAUGCCCACUAAUGUCCAGAUGACCUCUGAGUCCACCGUUAGUGUCCUGAAGAUGAUCCGUUCUGCCACACCCUUCCCCCUGGUCAGCCUCUUCUUCAUGUUCAUCGGCUUCGUCCUCAGUAACAUCGGCCACAUCCGUCCCCACCGCACCAUCCUGGCCUUUGUAUCUGGAAUCUUCUUCAUCCUGUCAGGUCUCUCUCUGGUGGUUGGUCUGGUGUUGUACAUCUCCAGCAUUAAUGAUGAGAUGCUGAACAGGACCAAAACUAAUGAGGCCUACUUCAGCUACAAAUAUGGCUGGUCAUUUGCUUUCGCUGCCAUCUCCUUCCUGCUCACUGAGACGGCGGGUGUCAUGUCGGUGUACCUGUUCAUGAAGCGAUACACAGCGGAGGAAAUGUACCGGCCCCACCAAGGUUUCUACCGGCCACGCCUCAGCAACUGCUCCGACUACUCCGGCCAGUUCCUCCAUCCAGACGCCUGGGCUGGCCGUGGACGAAGUCCCUCCUCCAUCUCCUCCGAGGCCUCCCUCCAGAUGAACUCCUCCACCUACCCCGCCCUCCUCAAAUGUCCCGAGUACGACCAAAUGUCCUCCUCACCUUGCUGAGGCAGCUGGAGCACAAGUAGUUGCGUUUAGCACGAUAAGGGUCAUUUUUGUUCCUUUAGCUUUCUGCGGAAAGGCCAGUAUUACGGCCUGGAGGGCGGCUCUAGAUAAAAACGUUC